AUGGCGGCGGUGAUGAACCCUCCCGCGACGAUCGGGGAGAACAACAUGAACGCGGGGAACGUCGUCCACACGAACGCGCUCCUGAACGGCGCGUGCGACGACGACGACAACGAGCUCACGGAGGAGCAGAAGAAGGUCAUCGAAGAGCGACUCAAGGCGCUCCAAGCGCGCUUCAAAGCGUUCGAGGAGAAGACGCUGAAGCAGAAGAUCGACGAGCUCAUCUUAGCGAACGAGGGCAUCGGGCUGACCGAGAAGGAAGCCGAGAUGGCGCUCCGCGUGUGCAACAACAACGAGUUCGAAGCGAGCGACCGCUUGACCGAGGAGGACGAGGGCGAGGCGUUCAUCGCCGCGAUUCGAAGCAUGGUCAGGGACGAGGCGAAAGCGGAGCGGCUCAAGGGUCGGGGCAAGAAGCUCGUGGAGGAGCGCCUGGAGAAGCGUCGGAAACGUCUUCGCCGUCGCCGCGACGUCCCCGACGACUCCGACGACGAGAACGCGCGGUCCGACGACGACGUCUCCGACUGGGAGAGCGACCCGGACGAGGAGCCGGUCCAGGAGGUCGAGCACGGCUUCAGGUACAUCCGACACGCGAAGAAGCACAGCAUGAACGGGCAAAAGCGCUUACGUUUGGACGACGCGCUCGCGGCCAUGAAGAAGAAGCAGGAAGAGAUUGAGGCCGCGAAAGCCGCCGCCGCCGCGGAGGCUCCGGCUCCGGCCGCGAACGGCGGCUCCGCGGACGACAACUCCGGGUCGUCAUCCCCGGAGAAGGACUCUUCCGGGGACGAGGGCGGGAAGUCUGGCGGCGCCGCGGACGGGGACGCGGAGACGACGGACGCCGCGGAUGAUUUACUCGCCGGGUGGUCCGACGCGCGACUCAAGGCGUGGAACAACCGCGCGAACAACGAGAACGCGUAUUACUACAGGUUCAACGCACCCGGGGAGGCGCAGAGCACCGGGGGGUGGUCGACGGAAGAGGCUGAGCUGUUCAUGAAAGUGUUCGAGACCAAGGAGUACGUGUGUCCGGUCCGAAGGGACUACAAGUGGGGCAUGUUCAGCAAGUCCAUCCCGGGGAAGGUCGGGUACCAGUGCAGCAACUACUACCGCACUCUGAUCACGCAAGGGAAGAUGGAGGACCCGAACUACAUGGUCGACGAGGACGGGAAGCUGCGGUUCGGGUUCAAGGACAAAGGGUUCGAACGCGCGCCCGGGGUUCCGAAGCCGCCGAAGCCGCCGAAAGCGCCGAAGGAACCGAAGCCGCCGAAGGAGAAGAAGCCGAAGGCGCCGAAGGCGAAGAAGGCGAAGAAGUCCAAGUGGGGCGACGAGUCCGACAUGGACAAAAGCGACAAGAACUACACGUGCAGCGUCAAGUUCGACGCCGUCCGCAAGAGCAGCCGCGGCGGCGGCGCGAAGAAGUACACGGACGGCGACGACGAGGACGACUUCGACGACGAGGACGAGUCCCCCGUGCUCCCGGGUUUCAUCGAUCCCCUCACGAAGAUGCAGAUCGAGGAGCCGACCAUCUCGCCGUACGGGCACGUCGCCGGGUACGAGACGUGGUGCCGCGUGUUGAGGGACCCGACGACGAAGGACACGUGCCCGUUCACGCGGCAGCCGUUGAAACGCCGCGAGCUCGUGAAGCUGACGCACGAGAACAUCGUGGAGUACCGCGAGAAGAUGGUCGAGACGCAGACGAACUGA